AUGGCAGUCCCUAUCCUCGUGUUCCUGGUGCUGGUCCUGUCCUCGGAAGCCUGGCCAGGUCUAGGGCUGUCCCGGAGGCCAUGUGUCCACUGUUGUCACCCCGCCUGGACCCCAGCCACUGCCCCUAACCCAUAUGCCCCAAGAAGAGGAGCUGAGCUGCCCCGGGUGCGUGCCAACAUCGACAUCACCAUCCUCAAAGGACAAAAGGGUGAGCCAGGCACCAGAGGCCACUCCGGGCUGAGUGGACAAGAGGGCCCCCCGGGUCUCCGGGGCUUCCAGGGCCUCCAGGGCCAGAAGGGGCAGAGAGGGCCACCAGGUGCCCCGUGCCAGCGCACCUAUGCGGCCUUCUCAGUGGGCCGCCACCAGGGGUUGCAUAGUACCAGCAGAACACAGGCUGUGCCCUUCGACACGGAGCUAGUGAACCUCGGUGGUGCCUUCGACCUGGCCACCGGCCGCUUCCUGUGUGCGGAGCCGGGCAUCUACUUCUUGACCCUCACGGUGCACACCUGGAACUACAAAGAGACCUAUCUGCACGUGAUGCGGAACCGGCAGCCUGUAGUGGUGCUGUAUGCCCAGCCCAGCGAGCGCAGCCUCAUGCAGAGCCAGAGCCUGUUGCUGAUGCUGGCUGUUGGCGACACAAUCUGGGUGCGUCAGUUCCAUCGUGACCGUGACAACGCCAUUUAUGGUGAGCCAGGGGACCUGUACAUCACCUUCAGUGGCCACCUAGUCAAGCCAGAUGCUGAGCUGUAG